AUGCGUGUGGUCGUCAGUCGGAAACAUAAAAGAAGCGCCUCACCUCGUGCCAGACAAGAAGAUACGAACUGGCUUCUCGACUCUGCGGUAUUGCCCGCAUCUGCUACGCAUCCCAGCGUGGGCGGAGAACAAGAUGUCAACACCAAUGUUGGUUCGCGCACAAAGACCUUUGGAGCUGACGCUGCUGAAGAUCAACCGCGCGAAGCAGAGAAGCCUUAA